UGCGUAUUGAUAUUUUGGUAAAAUUGACCUUGAGAUCGUGGCAACCAAUUUUAUUCUUUUGAAUGUCAUAUUAACCUUUAUAUGAACAAAUAUCCGACCCAGAUUGGGCUCUAACAUGGCCUCAAAGCAGACAAAGAAGAAAGAAUCUUCAAAUCGUGUGAAUUCUGCACAAGGCAAAGAAGCGGCAAGUAUCGCAGCCAGCGUUGGAGCUACAGAGAAAGCACGUCAAAAGGUCAUCAUCUGGCCAGAAUGGAGCGACACAGAUGUCAAUGGAGAAAAAUGGGAUGGCCCUCACAAAGGCAAGGAGAAAGACAAAGGGAAAUCUCCAGUGGUUCAGCACUACUUUGAUGACCCUGAAGGAAAAAUAGACCUCCCAUCAAGCCUAAAGGUCGAUACAUGGAAGAGGCCUACAGACUUCAUUGAAGAGAAAACUCCCACAGUAGUUGAUAUAGAUGGCUGCGCAAAUGGUUUUGAUUUGGUCUCAUCCAAUGAACAUAUACAUGACAGUGAGUUGAUUCGUACAAUCAUCAGCCAGGUGUCAGCACUGUGGCAGAUGAGUAAGGUCAAGGUUGAGGUCACGGAGGACGGUGUCACAACAGAGGAAGUGAACUACACAUGGAAACCUUGGGAGCAUAUAUACGCCAUUCAGAAAGUCGGCAAAGGCCCAUAUGUGCCAUCUUACAACUCUCAUGGAAAAUAUGUUGUCCGCCUGUAUUGGAUGGGCACAUGGAGGAAGAUUAUCAUUGAUGACACAAUACCAUUUGAUGAUAAAGGCAACAUGCUUCUACCAGCAACCAGACUAAGCCAUGAACUGUGGCCAAUGCUGCUUUCUAAAGCACUCAUAAAGGUGGCGGCACUAGAUUACAAUGGUGGCAGUGCUAAUUGCGAAUUUGGUGAUGUCAACAUUAUACAGUGCCUGACGUCAUGGUUACCUGAAGUUAUACCUUUACAAUAUGGCCACAUGAAGGAGGUGUGGGAGCUCCUCCAAAGCUCAGUGAAGAAAUACAAACAGCCUGAGCCUGAACCAGAAAAACCGGAAGACACGGAAGAAAAGAAUCUCGAUCCAGCAGCUCAGGCAGAGCAGGCUCCUGUUGAGGAAGAAAAGGUUGUGGAGAAACCAAAAGAACCAACAAAGCCAGAAAAGCCUGACCCAAAAGCUGGCAAAGAGAAAGGCAAAGAUAAAGGUAAAGGAGAUAAAGGGGAUAAGAAAGAUAAAGACAAGGGAGACAAAGAACGUGAUAAACAUAAAGAUAAAUCUGUAUAUGGAGAUGAUGGCCCCAUGCCGGAACAUCCUGAGUUAGUCGUCUUUGCCAGUUACAGCGACCAUCCACGAUAUCCAAUCCGUGUCACAGCUCUUGGGCAAAUGGCUGAUGCUAGCGAGCGUCUAAGACAGACUGGCCUCUCUCACAUGUACCCUCACCCUGUGUUGAUCACGCAGAGUCGCGACUGCGAUCUAGAACCACCACCACCCCCAGAGAAAAUUCCAGCAUGGAAACUGAUUCGUCCUCGGAAAAAGAAACCAUUGCCGACAGAUGAACCUAAAGAGGAGGAAGUUGUCAAGCCGAUACAAUGCUUAGAAAUUACGUCACCAUUUGUCAACUAUAAAGUCAGUCCUGUUCCUAUUCCUCAAGACACUCACCGUCCAAAAUCCAUACUAGAGCGUGGAGGAAGUCGGCCACCAACCGCCCCUGUGGAACCCGUUGAGGAAACAGAUGAAAAUGCUCCUACCCCAGAGCCUGAGAAACCUCCUACCCCCAAACUGGAAGAUGUAGAAGAGUUGCCCAAAGUGGAGGUGACAGUCACUCCCCCAGAGGAGGCAACACCCAGUAAGCCAGGGACACCAAAAGGUGCCAGGAGCCCCAUGGGAAAGAAGAAAGGCAAAAAGGGAGCUGCCUUAGAUGCAGAAGAGGCUGAAAAUAAUUCUAAAUCUGACCGUAAAAUGAGUGUGGGCGCAAUGGACAAACCAGGAAAACUGAGUCGCAAACGUAGCGCAUCUAGGGAGCGCACAGAACCUGCCAAAUCUGACUCUAAAGAAAAGAACAAAGAAGAAGCAAAAGAUUCUAAAAAAGAAAAAGAUGGGAAGAAAGGCAGAGGUAAAUCAACAUCAACAGAGAUGGAAGAGGUUCCCGCACCUGCCCCCUCAGAGAACCUAGAAGAUGACCCCACCCUGGGGGAAGAAGAACAGAUUGAAGAGCCGGAGGAAGACCCCUGGGAGGGAAAGGCUCGUGAAGCUUGGAUCGAUUUUGAUAAUUUUGUUAAAUGUUUCAAGACAUUGUAUAUCUACCACAAGACAAAUACAUAUCCAUGUAAUCAUAAAUACUCCGAUCUCAAAAAUGUAGCCAAUGUUGGUAAAGGCGACAAAAAGGAUAAAGCUGCAGCGCCUCCAACACUGGAUGAUAGGAACCCUCAUUACUUAUUUGUUGACAAUUUGAAACCCACAGAAAUUGUUGUUUCAUUGUCGUCAUUCUCCCGAUGGCAAGAACCCCCACCACCACCCCCUAGUGGCAAAGAAAAACACUCGGAUGUUAAUCUGAAGGAUAAGGGUAAAGAAAAGACGCAGGACACCGAAUUUACUGCUAAUGGUAGCGUCUUAGAAGGUUCAAAUAACAAAGAGAAGGCUGUGGAGCCAGUGGUACCUGGUCUACUGGUGGCUGAGCCAUACUCUUGGAAGAGUCUUGUCACGGGGCAACCAAUUCUGCGUAUACGUACCACUGCAACUAAAGCUGCUGUGCUGAGUCUGCCAGAGGGACGGCAUGUGUUACGUUUUAUGAUCAAUGCACCCUUAGGAUACCAUGUUCACCUCUGCUCAUCUGUGCAGUUUGUCUACGGGGAUGAAGAAACUGUCAUGCCACACCUCACCAAGGAGAGUUGCAGGUUCAUAGACAAUGCCACCCAGGUGAUCCUGACCAUGGGAAAAUGUAUACAGACAUUCAAUGACCCUGAGGCCAACUCUGUUGCCAGGGAGGAAUUUGCUGCGGCUCAUUGUCCCUACCGCAACGAUAAAACCAUGUCCAAAACUUACCACCACAAGCUGUUUAUGGACUCAUUUUACGGAAUGUUAAGGAAAGCAUUAGCGGACAACCUCAGUUUGGAAAUGUCCUUUGCUUGGCGUGCAUUUUUCUUUGAUAUCACUACAAAAAAUAUUCUUGGAUUGCAUCUUGGCAGUAGACCAGCAACGGGAGCCACUAGCCACAGAGGUUCUGCUAAGCAUACUAACAAGAAUAAACAAAAAUCUGAAGAGGAGAAAGAACCAGACAAGAUGGAGUAUUUCAUGAACAAAGAAUACACACCGGAGGAAAUGGUGGCUGUUGUAAAAAUCCAGACAAACUUCCGUGGUUACUUCGUACGUAAAGUCAAGAUGGCUCGUACCCCAGGCAACCCUGUUCACGCUAAGACGCAUGAGACUCUACUCAAAGCAUGGCAAGUUAUGGAGCCCAAUGCUGAAGUCCAUGGACUAUUCUUAUUCAGAAAUAUAUUCAAAGCAGACCCUGAUCUGAUGCCAAAAUAUCCAUUCUUCAAGGAUGAGUGGAAUAAGAUAUCAUAUGCUGACUACUCUGGAAUCUUUGCUGAUCAGCCCAAUAACAACUGGUUCCUUGUAUUCAGAGAGAUCUUCCAUGUGACUGAGGAGAUGCUGGUCGUCCCUAAGCUCUAUGUUCCCAUUAACACCUGCAUGCUGCGUGUUGUCAACAAUGAUACUGGCGAAGAAGUGCCACGUGUAUUUCAGAAAACUGCCCCCUACGUCUACAAGAAAAACAAGAGGGGAUACACUUUUGUGGCGGAGGCAAGGACCAUUGAUCACCCACUGGCUUCUGGGAAAUGGAAGAUGCGUCUGAUUGGUUCAUUAAGUCCACUUCCUGCACCAAUCAGAAAUGAAGUGAGCUGUACUUUCCAUAGUCGGGAAAUCAAAGAUUAUUAUGUGCCCAAUGAGAGGAAUGUCAUCUUUAGAUACACUGUUAAAGUGACUGAAGACCAUCUAGCCAGUCUACAGAUGAACACAUCCAAAUCUGAUGUCUACAUUAAAAUACAGAUCUUGGACCAUGAGGAGGAGAUGCUUAGUGCAGUUGGCAAAGGACAUACUGUGCUCCCAGCAUUCCUCUUCCUCAAAGAUUAUAACCCAGAUGACCUGUUGGACAAGCGCCCUAGCUCUAAAAUGUCAAAUGCCGGGGGCAAGAACAGUAAGCUUGGCAGCAACAGGCACAGGCGGGGGUCAGGAAGCAGUAACCAUGGGGGACGUGCCUCUCACAUGAGUAGAGAAGACCUGUCAAUGUUAGACCAUGCAGGUGAUGAGGAGGAAGAUGAAGAAAGCAGGAAGCCCCACAAGUACAUAGUGCAGGCUAUGGUUCUACGCAACAGUUGGCCACUUUCUGAAAGCAGUUGGAACUUUGUACAACAACUCAAGGAGCAGGAGAAAAAUGAACUGAAAAGAGACUUUGUUCCCCAACCAGAGGUCACAAACAAAGAGAGGCCUCCCUCACCCCCAAAGAGUGACAAAACCACAUCAUCCAAGGGCAAAGAGAAACCUGGGAAAAAGAGCAAGAAGGACACAUCGAGGCCCCCCUCAGUGGUGUUUGAUAUCGGAAAACCCCAUUGGACCAUCAGAGUCAUUAGUGAUGCUAGUCAAGCAGAAGAGAUAGAUGUAAGGAAAGACACAGAAAGAGCAGAUGAGAUCCGUGCCAUGAAGAAGGCAUGGGAGGAUGCAGAGCCUGGUAGGGCAGCUAAAGCACAACAGUCACGGCUACAGUAUCUCAAUAGUCACUUGGUCAAGGUAGACCAGAAGGAAUCUGAAGCUACUGUGGCUGCCAGCUCUGAAUCUCAAAUAGAUGGCUCUGGUGAUUUGUUUAAUAGUGACUCAACACUUACUCUUGAACCACCCUCAGGUCCCUCCGCCAAAGAAAUAAUUCCUAAGAUUGAUCUCACACCAUAUCUCAAAAAAACGACUGGUAAACCACGUCUGAAGGACGAGGCUGAAAUACAACGUCAAUUAGUGGCCAGAAAGCAAGAAAUAGAAGAGUAUAGGGCAUUUAGGGAAGGAGUGGAAGAGUGGCGCGAGAAAGAUCGCAUAGAGAGAAAUGAACUCAAACAGAAACAGCUGCAACUCUGUGAAAAAUUACAGGCUGAAAUGGAUGAAGCUCGACGGAGAAUUAACGGACCCAGGGAAGCCUUCAGACAAAAGUUCCUGGAAGCUGAGAGGGCACGUUUGGAUGAGAUCGCAGCUUCUGAAGCAGCAUUACACGAGAAAGCACCACCAUCUCCCAAAGGGCGCAAGAGCGCCAAGGGAAAGAAGAGCCCUGGAGGGAAAAAGAAGAAAUAGACAUUUCAUAAUAUUAAGAAAUCUAACAGUAUUUUAUGAGAAAGCUGGAUUAGGGACCAAUUGUUUGAUUACUUCAAUUUAUUUGUUUUGGAAAACUAUAAAUGUGAACACUUGAAAUGAGAACACUUUAGUUGGCCUUAAAUGUGUUCAUAUUCAUAUGUUUAGACUAUACCUAAUAUAUGGAAUUAUUAAACAUUAGUCUCAAAGCAAACAUUAUAUCUUAAGAGAUAUUUUCUGAUACUAUAGCCUAUUUAUAAAUAUAUUUUUCAUGAAUUGACCAUGUAAUGAAUGUUGAAUGAAAAAAUUGUGAAUAUGUGUACAAAAAUAUUUAUAAAAACAAGAUGCUCAAUAAAAUAAUCUUGUUUUUUCUCAUUUGUAAAUAAAUCGAAUUCCGUCCAGCUAUUGAAAUAGCAUCAAGCCUUUUUAUAUGUACCAUAAAAAUAUGUAGGUGAUGUCGAUUUAGUGACCACACAAAGAGUAUUGACAAGUAUUUGUUUGGUCUUUACUCAAAUGUAAAUAAUCAGAAAUUCCCUCCACUCAUAAUAUACGAAUUUUGUUAUUAUAUGUUAUCUUAACAUCGACUGUAAUUUUUUUGUUUUUUGAAUUCCUGUGUUUACUUCUAUUAAUUUUUUUGUUAUUUCAAGUUAUAGUAGAAUUACUCAGAUCGAGAUGUGAGUUUCAUUUGGUACUUUUUGGUCUUGUUUUGAUAUUUUCUUUAUUGAUAAAAUACUAUGUUGUAAAUAAUAAGGCGAAUCAGAAAAUGCCGUCCUGGAGCCUCACUCUGGCACAUCUGCCCUUAUUUGUCCGUCCACAGAGACAUCUAUCGAAUACACCUCCGUCCUACAGCUCAGGAUUUUUUGACAGAAAUACUUCUGAAAAACAUCGAUCGAUACUUUUGAAAUUUUUUAAUCAGUAUGCAUUAUAAUACAUCCCUUCAAAUAGAAAUUGAUUUGAAUAAAAAGUUUUAAAAUAAAUGCAAAAUAGUAAUAAGGGUUUCUAACUUUCGACCACAUACAUUUUAAUUGCCAUGAAAUCCUGAGCUAAACAUUUGGCCCUCAAACGAUCCGUCCUCUGUGGAAGUACUUUCUGUUGUUGCUUAAUUAUUUAAAUAUUUUUGUUUCAUUUGUGUCUCAGCAAAUCACACAUCAUUUAACAUUUCCAAGCAUUUGCAAAUAUCACACUAAAUUAUGCCUUGUUCUAGUUUCUUAAAUUACAUUUUUAAUGUUGGUUUUUUCAUGAUGUUGUUGCCUUGUUUGUAGACCAACUUUGUAUAAUUAAAUUGUACAUAUUUUUAAAUGUAAUGAUUUGGAAUUAAUUAUACAGUCUGAAUAAAGUUUUAAACAUUGCUAUAAAAUGCGCAUGAUUCAAUGCAUGCUAAGUAUACAUACAUACAUUCCAUGUACCAAAUAAAUAUAAAACAUAUCAAAUAUUAAAUGUAAUUUAGCAUAAUCUGUAAAUAGUUUGUAUAUUAUGUACAUGUUCUUGAAUGAAUAAAAUUGAAGAAAAUUAAAAACAA